AUGGGCAAGAAGCAACAUCAACAGGACAAACUGUACGCGUUUCGCACUCGAAUUGAUUGUGAUCUUUCUUUUAUUCCCAAUACUGUCUUUUUAUUAUCCCACCCUUUGGAAAAACACGACCUAUCAAUCGCCUAAGUUACUAAUUAAUAUCAGACGCAGUUUUUAAUGCUGUCUGCACAGUCCGGUUUGCCUUUAAUGCCUUCCAGUAUUUGGCCGCUAUUCUUCAAUUCGUUGACCUGGUCGUUAAGUUAAGAAACAAUCGGGGUUGUGUUCCGUUAUGUUUGCCACUAUUUUUUAUAUCAGCAUAACAAACAGUAGGACAGUGGCCCACCGAUUGUUUUACGGAACUCAUUCGUUCUGUUGUGCCUCGGUGCUCUCUCUCCCUCUCUAGCCCACCAAGCAGCCACACAGCGACGCACAAUUUAGGCAGAAUAAUACCAACAAAGACAAGGAAGACCUGAAUGGUAAUUUCUGGCUCAUUAGCCGUCGUCAGCCCGUCGUGCCGAACCGCAAAGUGUUUAACGCCUGAGGCUCGAUUUCACGACCUGUUGGCUAGAGGUCUAACGCCCUUAACUACUGAACUAAGGGGUCAUUGUCCUGCCUAUUGCAAUUGAGAAUAUACAAUAGUAGAAGACGGCUCGCCGAGCCCCAGGUUUUCCACAUCUCCGGUAUUGCUGGCUGACGACGAUUAAUUAGUCAGAAGUGGCCACUUAAGUCUCCCUUGUUUCUGUCGGUAAUGUUUAUCAGCAUAACCAGCUUCAUGGUUUCUAUAUUGCCGGAUAUUGAAUCUUAUUACUCCCGGAUAAGAACGUUAGAGUGCACAUUACCUACGCAAAAGAUGAACAAUCACCAGUUAAACGACCAUCUGUCUUCUCCUUUAACGAAAACGACCCUACAUCUGUUCAAGUAGACGGGACUGUGUUUGAGUGAGCGAUAUUCAUCUUUUCGUUUUCUUUUUAUCUUCCCCAUACUUUCGCUUUAGCAACUAUCCGUCUUUUCUUCACUGGUCACUGUCUAAUAGCCUAUGGUUUAGUAUGACUAGUUAACGCUUCGCUUCAAAUUAAGUUUUUUUCCAACGUAUUUAUUGAGGAAAAAUUUGCAAAACCCACACUUAUAUUACAAGAUGUGUCGGAUCCAUAUGGCUGAUCUUUGCCGUCUACGUGGGCCGACAUCGAGAUCAGCCUUUUUCUCUCGUGUUCACUAAGUUUACCGUUCGGCUGCUUUUCUAUUUUAUUCCAUGGAUUAAGAAUUUAUGUAUCGUCCCCUGGCCACUUUAUUAUUUACAUUUUGAACGAUUCUGUUUGUUAUGUGUUGUCUGGUUUUUGAGAAUUGCUCCCUCCCACGUUUCGAGAUGCUGCGUAGAUGCUUGUAGUAGGUUCGACUGUGGUCGUUGAUCUAUCCGGCGCGACUGCUGCAACCCGACACGCCCUUUUAUCCGGACAUGGAGACCCAAUGCCAAAGCUUAAGGAACCGCCUCCAUGUCUUGACGGACUAUGUCAAGCUAGAUUUUUAUUUGACUACAUCGCUGUUUUCAGGUAUGCGUAGGCACCAGAUCGAGAACGGCAAACGUGAGGUUGUAUACAGAACUUCGGUUAUCAUGCCCAAACCAUCUUCAUCUUUUCUGGAUUAUCUCAGUCUUCCUCAUGGUGUUUUCGCUGUGAGUACGGAAUGUCACAUUCGUACGGUCCUCAGAAAACAUUGGUCAGACACCUCUUAACCCAAUAACAGGUUGCGCUGCAGAUGCGCUGGAUCAGAUUAGAAAUCACACUGGCUCACGGUACGCGUUUAUCAGGGUGCACUAAGUCUACGCACGUUCUUGUCGUACUGCCCAAACUAAAAACCAGUGUUGCUUGGCUGUGAACUGAGGGCUAUUUUAAAAGAAAUUCGGACGUCAUACAUACCGGCCCUGUUAGUGUCGACGCUCUUAACUGUUUGGCAGUUGUUAUUACUACUAGUUCCGUUUUGGUAGUGCUCGACCGCUUCACUACACUGACACGAAGGACAACCGCGUCCUAGGCGUCUACGCGUAAACUAACUCAUUACUCAGGACGUAUUCUCAAGAGCAGCACACACGAGGUCGUAGGCAGCAGCAGAGGUCCCUCUGAAUCCUACAUUUAUCACAAAGCCAUAUAAGUAGACGCUGCUCUCCUUUUGGGCUGUCCUGGCGACGGAUAUUUGUGCCAUAAAAAGGGCCAGUAGGUCAGUCAUGUUCCAAAGAAAACUACAGUCAUUUAUUGAUUGCCCUAUUAAAUGGAUAGAUUCAGACGACGGAAGGGGAAACACUGCCUAUCGAAUGCUUCCAGGAGAUUGUCAUUCGAACAUACGAGCGUGUCUCACGUUCAUAUCGAGAUGAUCCCAGCAAACUCUUUAUUCAUCCGUUUCUUCUUGUGAUUGUGUUAAGUAGCGUUUCCUCUUGACUGUCGUUGCUGCAUUUGAUGCCGUCUCAUGGGCUGUUCGCGCUUCGUGAUAAUGUCACUCAAACGGCUAUGAGAUUCAGCCCUGUCCUUGGUUUAGGAUACGAUUCCGAAUACAAUGUCGGCAUUUCACCUUUGAUACAAUUUGUGGUAUACACUACAAUACCACGAUCGGUGAGCGCCCCUCUACCGUUGUAUCUCUCCGAUCACAGCCGACGUGACGAGCCCGUGGCUUAAUGAUUAGAGGCGUCGGAUUUCUAACUAGCAGGUCGCGGGACCGAGCUUCAGGUGUUCUACACUUCGGAGUUGGGUAUAACUGACUGACGACAGCUAAUAAGCCAGAAAUGACCGUUCCAGUUUGCCUUGUCGUUGUCGAUUGUGUUAUUCUGCCUAUAUUACGCGCCGCUGUUCGGCUGCCGGUUGGGCUCGAGAGAGCCCUAAGGCACAACAGGACGAGUGAAAUCCGUGAACUGAUCGGCGAGAGUCUCUCUACUAUCACAUUUGCUUCUUUGGUGCAGUCACAGGCGGUUUCGCCCACGUCAUCGCUACGCCUUGGGCUUAUAAUAGAAUUUGACCCGUAUGUUACGGGUAUUAACUACGACUAGGGAGUCAAAUGAAAACGAGCUCCUUCGAAAAUAUGCUGCAUGUCGUUCCCGAGGUGUGCUUAAAGUUGGUUUGGAAGUGACUUUCCAUCUUUCCAAAAGAUGAUGCGCUUGUCUCGACGUUCACCUUUGGCGAAUUCUAAUGGUCUGUGCUGUACGGCAAAGCUCUUGAACUAGUCUAUGUCCUUCUCCGUAUGGUACUGAAAUUUGCUUUAACCCGACGGAUUACGGAUAAAAGCAAUCGUAUUAUUCGGAGUCUUGGAAUGGAAUCUUGGGUGUCGCCAUUGAACACUAAUAAACCUAGGUGAUAGCGGGCUUUCUGUGCGCAGUCAUCUGAUUUAAUAAGGUAGGCUCCUUUUCUUUCAUUGUUGUUUUUGACAUGACCCUGCGCCACCAGAAGUUUUGAAAAGUAAGCUUCUCUUCCUGGUGAUUAAAAACUGUGUUUACUCUUCGCGCAAACUUGGGCUUGGAUUUUGAGUGUCUGCCUCCAUGCAUAUCAAAUGUAGUUAUAUCCUUUAUAACACGCCAUCUGUCUGAUUAAUUUGGGUUUCACUUAUUUGGCGCUAGUCUCCAACUACUAGUAUCUAGCCGAGUGUACCCGGAUAUGCCAAGCACCUACCAACACCUCAAUGCAAUCCAACUAGCCUAUGCGGCGAAAGAAGCUAGUUAUUCUGAAGCUUACAUCUCUCCCCAGUGCGACGUUUACUCUGUUCUUAUUAAGAUUUAGGAUUCAUACCAUAAGGUCUGUAGUCCCGAUCUUAGCACUGUUGCCAUUUCCUGUCGCACAGGCACUUUAUAUUUACAUUACUUGAUUAAGCUACCGCGAGUUCUGUAUGACAGCCCCCUUAGUUAAUAUGACUUCCGCUAGCUGAAGCGGUGAGGAUUAUAACCAGAAUCUGCGGCACCUAGGUCUCAAAGCUGUGUUGGGGGUUGUUCCAUUUAUGACUGAAACCAACAUUAUUGGAAGGACAGUUAGAUAACAGGAGCCUGUGAAAGGAAAUUGGCCAUUACCGUUGGUUCCGCGAAGGCUUUUCAAAAAGGUUCUGUUCUUCUGGUUACUUCUGAUCGACUUUGUCCUUAAAAUCAGUAUUUUGACUUGCGCUCAUUACCAGAGUCACUCAGUGAUUUUGUCAUUCUUUAGUUGGAUAACCAACACGGAAUGGAGCACACUGUACGGCGGCAAACGGGCCGCAGCUGGAGGCCAGAUGCGUUUUCGUCGUCUGCCCUUCAACUGCUGCAGGUAAUAUAUGCCAUUUGGUCCUUUAUUUCUCUACAUAGUGUGUCGUUUCAGCCUUUCAAGACGCCUUAUUGCACCAAGGAGGGAAUCGUCUUCGACCUAGAGUCAGCUAGUUUCCGUAUUUUUAAACCCCUUUUUUCAGAAACAUUCUUCCUUUUAUCAAAAGGUUUGGCCUGAAUCCAGUUACAGGAAAGGUUGGUGUCUCUUUUAACGGUGCUUUAUUCACUCCUCCCUGACCACUAGAAAAUGAAAGCUGGAGAACUCAUAAAGUUGAACUUCGCAAAGAACGCUGAUGGGAAAUUCCACUGCCCUGUGACUUUCAAAGUCUUUAAUCAGAACACACACAUUGUUGCUGUCAGGACAACUGGCAAUGUUUAUUCUUACGAAGUAAGUAGCCUUAUCCCUAUGACUCCCUUCCUAGGCUGUGGAGCGUCUUAACAUAAAAGCCAAUAACUACUUGGACCUGCUGACUUCGGAGCCCUUCACCAAAGAGGACAUAAUCACCAUUCAAGAUCCAGCUCAACUGGAGAAAUUCAAUAUAUCGGCGUUCUACCAUGUUCGAAACGAAAUGCUGGAGAAAGGUGUCCUCUUUCUGUCUCUUUAAUCUUUUCUGCUUUUUACCAGCUGAUACCAACACGACAAUCAUUCGGUCUGUCAAUCAGGAGACGAAAGAAACCCUGGCUGAACUCGCGAAGACUAAGCUCGAGAUUCCCGACUACAUGUACUCCAAUAAACCGAAACUGGACCCGAAUGCGAAGACCCGCGACGCAUUCAACACUGCACAUUAUUCAACCGGCAAGGCUGCAGCCUCACUCACAUCGACCGUCAUGGAACCCAACGUCCUCUUGGAACCGGGUAACUUCGUCAUCCUUUUCCCCUCCUAACCCAGUCCAGCUGUUCUUGAGGACGAUGUGGUGCGCUAUCGCUAUGUGAAGUCCAAGGGCUAUGCACGCCUUGUGACCACUCACGGCAACCUUAACCUCAAGUUGCAUUGCGAUUUGACGCCCAAAACUUGUGAAAAUUUUAUUCGCCUCUGUGAAUCCGGCUAUUACGUGGACUGCAUUUUCCAUCGUGUGAUCCGACACUUUAUUGUAGGUAGAAUAUGAGCUACAUAACUAGUCCGCUCCCUCUCCGUGCUCUUAGAUACAGAGCGGUGAUCCGACCGGAACUGGCCUAGGCGGCGAUUCCUGUUGGGGUGGCGCUUUUGUCGACGAGUUUCAACCGCAGUUAAAGCAUGACUCUCGCGGCGUUCUCUCCAUGGCCAACUCGGGGCCCAACUCCAACAAGUCUCAAUUGUAAGUCCAUAUAAGUUGUCCUAUUGGUACACAGUUUCAUUACCUUUAGGCCAUGCAAUCAGCUGAACAAGAAACAUGCGGUUUUCGGAAAGUAAGUCCUUUUCCGACCACAUUUGAAUCACUUAGGGUUGUUGGUGGUCUGGACACUCUGGACAAAGUAGAAUUUGUGGAGACUGACAAGGACGACCGGCCGCUGGUUCGUUACAUGUGCUUUUCUUUUUAUUUUCCUACCAUCGCCUUCUUGACAGACGGGAGAGUUGCUAUAACAGAAAUCAAACGGAGGUGCCUAGACCCAUCAGUGAACCGUAUUUCUCGCAGUUCCACCAUACGGUCACUUCUGCUCAGCAACUAGUAUCUGUAUUGAAUGUAUGAAUAAGGACGAUACUAGUUAGGUCAACUAAUCCGCAGGUUUCCUUAACCCGAUGCCGAUGAAGCAGUAUCGACUGUCUGAUUGUUGUUGGCAUCUGAUUUCAGGCUUGGCAUAGCUCGAAGUUUUCAGCCUUUUGGAGUAUCCAGGUAUUGACCGGACGUAAUGGACUGAACUGUACUUUGCACGCUAUUCGAAUGCUGACCGAGUACCAAAGGGGCGCAAAUAAUUGGCACGCUUUGUCGGCACAGCGCGGUAUGUUAUGGACUGAAAAAACCUGCAGCGAAGUCUGUGAAACCUACAGCCCUCGGUGAUGCUUGGAGAAUCCUACUGCGUCCCGAAACUUAAGUGCCUGACUACCCGAACCACAGCCAGCUGAAUAUCCAUUUUGUUGGGAUCUCUCUUUGCAACACGUAACAGUUUGGGCAUCGUAAGCGAUGACCACCGCCUGCAGCAGCGGGCACCGCACCGGUGAUGGCUUUAUAGUGGGGCAGACUUGCACACCAUUUAUCGCACUCUCUCCUCCCUCAAACCGCCUUGCUUUGGUAGCGAGAUAGUGCCAAGACGACUGGAGGUGGAUGCAAACGCGGUGGCCGACGAAGCCAAGCAGCCUGUCUGCCCGUGCCACACACCAGCUGGUUCAUACUACAUGCACCAGUCUACUGUAAGAGUGGCCCGAACCCCACAUACGUGAAAGCGUCAAAGGGCCGUAUGGAAAACGAGUAAUCAUAGACUGUCUCUCAGUCCUCCACUCAUUGCAGAAUGUUUACCAUGAGCAACGAAUUAUCCUGUUGGUUGCAGUCUUCCGAGCCGCGUCUCCUAAGGGUGUCGCUAUAGAUUGGCGUGGUGAUGAAUUCAUAAUAUGCCGUCUGGAUGGAUUCCCAAAUGCCGACCGCUUUCUAUCUCUUCCUUCUGCCACACAUCCGCCAAGUGUCCGAGCCUGUCAGCCAAGUAGUGGCGAAUUGGACGUAGUGGCUGACAACCAAACGGCCCGUCUACGUGUGCCACACAAGACCUGGUCCCUGCUUCAGGCACCAGGCUGCACCGAGAGACGUGGUUCCAUUUUACGUGAGGUCUGCAUAUUCUGAUGUGCAACGACUCGCCCACCCUAUCGACCACGUCAACGCGGAUAGCAUUAUUAUUGAACGACAGGGGCAUGGUGUUACAGGGGUGUAGCAUGUGUGAACGUGUGGUUGCAUAGGUUACUGCGUAGUCUAGGGAUGUAUGUACAGGUGGAAAAAGGCAUGACGAUGAGGUCUGGGCUGCUGUUUUUCUUAAGAAUUUCAUGGAGACGCAUGUGGCCAAAUAGGCUCAUGCGAUGGUCACAUAUGCUGAGACAGUAUGGAGCGGCAAGGCCUGUGUGAUGGGCGUAUAUUGGUGUCCUGAUACUGGUCCGGCAGUCAAAGUGCGAUGGAUUUUCAAGUGGGCGAUCCAAGUGCGGUGUCGCUGUAAGGACAAGACGGAACUCUGACUACCAAGUUUGUUAUGGUGGCGGUGAUGCUGAUCAUGGUGAGGUACUUAGCUCUGAUUGUAGAAGGGGCCUGGGUUUAGGUCACAGGCUGGCCGCGUGACGUUGCGGGGGUUGUGAAGGUCCGCGUUGUCGCGUAUGUGCGUAUUUUCUAAAAGACACAUGCUGUGUCUGAAUGUCCUAGGACACUAUGGGGAGGCGAGACGUGUGCGACGGGUUAUUUUCGGACCCAAGGCUCUGGCUCGCCGGUCUCACCACGAUGGAUUUUAAAGUGACCUAUCAGGCUGGUGUGUGAUAAGAAAGUGAGGUGGUAGUGUGGACAGGUUAGAAUUCAGUCCAUAUUACCUGUGGUACGGACAAUGACGAUGUUUUACAAGAUGGUAGGAGUGUUCUCUCUGGCGAUGUUAGUGCCGGUAGUGAUGGCAGUGUGAAGUUAUGUGAGAGUCAGGUUGGUCACAUUAUUAUUACACUUCGUCUGAGAUGCCUAACAAAGCCUGCCCGUGCUUGAAACGUAAGCCGACAUUGUAGACACAGUAGUGAGGGUUCGGUGCUUUCGUCACCGAUCCGUUGCAUUUGCGUCUUGCGGCCUGUCUUUGCGUUGUCAGCAGUCAUUCGGGUGGCAUCGAAAACAGCUGCUUCUGUCUUUAUGGCAUUUUACCACGCCUGGUAACAUGGAGCGUGGUCUUCCACUUUUCCGUGUAGACUUGCGGGUCACUAUAUUUUCCCACAGGCUUCUUUAAGAUAUUAACCACGCCAGUAUUAUAUUUUGUUGCCGCUCCCUUUUUAUUAAUCUGUAUCCUAGGACGUUUCUCUCAAAUAGACCUCAAUCCAACGAACUACCUAUUAAAGUCCAGAUGAAAUAUAUCAAAAUACUUGUGCGACAGAACUGGAGAUAUUCGUGUUCUGAUUUUCCCCAGCUCUAAGGAAAUUUGUCUUGCCAAAAUGUGUUAAAUGAGCUCAAUUCACUUUGUCCUAUUUCGAUUUAUAAGGUUAAAGAACGACCAUCUUAUGGAUGAGUCCACCACCAAUUUCUGCAUAAAUAUGAACGAACUGAACACCGUCUCUUUAGCAGUCAGAGUUUCGCCUUCGUUGUUGUCUCGCGGGAUCUUUUGGUCCUCACAAGGGCAUUUAUACAAAAUGAUUGGAGGUUUUUCCAGAAGAUCUGCGGAGAGCUCGCUCAGUCUCACUUUGAGUGCGUUGUACCGGCCCAACUUCAGUGACUCACUAAAGACUACUAUCUGCCCCAAUAAGUACAAGCAGAGUUACGAAAAUCAUGGUGUGUUUUCACUCUAAUCCCGAAUGGUCUAAAUUAACUGUCAUCCUACAAGGUACACGUGAAGGUGCAGUGAUCUCAUCCAUACCUGUCAGAUUGUAGGAGUCCGGGAGUGAGCCACACACUUCGAGCCGUCUGGAUCGGACAACAUUUAAGAUCGCACUUAUAACUUGCAGAGGAAGUUGUUAAAAAAGGGAGUUAAAGGCCUUCGUGAAGUUUUCUUCAUUUUCUUACCGCUGUCCUGGGGUCCUUUGCGAUUCGGCACAUCUCAAAGUUAGUGCCGGUUUCUCCUCGCCUGCUUUACUCCUCUUUGUUAGCUACCAAACGUCAACCUCUUUUCUGAUAGUUGAUCGUGACAUCACUGUCAAUGUAGCUGACAACCAGCAAUCACGAUGAUAACUUUUGCCUUGGUUGACAUUUUCUACUAUUUGGUAGAAUCAGUCAUUUUCUAUUUAGGAGGAGAUUAAAAUUUUGGCCUGUCAGGUGUUCGUGAAUCCCUUCAAGGAUGUGGAUGAGAUGUUAGCGAAGGAGCGAAAGGAAGCCAAAGAGAGGGAGGCAACCGCCCAGAAAACUCAGGAGAUGCCCAAACCCGGCAACCGUCGGGAAGAGGAGGCAAUGGAAGCUACCAAACGAGCUAAAAAGCGUGGACUUAGCGGUAGGUCCCGUUUUAACUUCAGUUGGUGGCUUUUCAGAAACUUAAUCGUGACCGGAAAGAAUCCAUGCAUUCCGGCUUUCCUUUAAAUUCAUUUGCCUCUGAAACUCCUUUUUGAGUUUAUUGCGCAUGUAAGACUGAACCUUUUCAGCCCUCAGUGUACAAUAUUACAUGCUCAGGCAGUUUAAGAAGCUCAUGGGACCUGUUAAACUCGAAAGGCAUUGCUGUCAAAUGGAAAGUCUCGGGUAUCCAAUUCUUGACCAAUAACCGACAGUAUGACUGCAUACUGUUAAAAAAAACUGACAAUUUCUCUAUCAGACCGGGAUAACGGACGAUUGAUCUUCGUCUCUAACGAGGCGUCAACGAAUGCAGACCUGGCCAGUGAUCACUAGGAAUUUGUACCUUCCACUGUAAAGCUUGGUUAUUAAACUAUAAAUUUUGUUUAUAUAGCAGAAAUGACAAGUUAGAAGCGGCAUCCGUGAUCUAGUAGAAACCUUUUUGCUGCCAGCUCACUCACUCUUAACCCUCUUGAAUGGCAGUGAUCUGGCAGGUUGUAGCAUCGGCUGGACAUCCACGAAUUUUCUGCUGCGUGCAAAACUGCGCUUCGUUUGCAGAGUGCACAACUGGUGUGCUUUAUAUGCUCCUCGUUACCUCUAUAACUUAUUUGCAGUUGGUAAGAUUGGCUAAGAAAAAGACCCUAUUGCAUUAGUGACUAACUGAGUCGUUGGUUAAGAAACUAGCGUGGAUGUCGACGGAAACCUACAAACUUACAUGAUCAAGGUCGCUGGAAUUGAAAUUCGACACUACAAAUCCAGCAAUGUGGUUUUGGCACAAAAGUAAGGCUAGCACAGCCAUAUAUUAACAGUAUCUUGACUUUAUCGAACGCGCCGAGACGUGUUUGACCGUUGCUUUGUUGAUCUCAUCAUUAAGCAGCUCCCGCUUAAUGUACAACUUGACGUAUCCAGUGACUGCAGGACGCGAUCGAAACGCAGCUCCACGAAAGACUUUGGGAAACUCGCCCAGCGAUUAGUCUCAUUAUUUUAUUUUAAGUUCCCACCUACGUCUUUUCUUGCUUCUUUUGCAGGGGCUGCUGUGACCCAACGACAAGGCGUUGGAAAAUUCAUUGAUAUAUCGCAGACUGAGGAACUGGAUCGGCCAAGUGAGGCCAAAACGCGGACAGCACCAGCUUCUAUCGAGGCUUCCUUUACACAGAUGGAACAACUGAAAAAGAAGCGGAAGCUUGUUUUGCGUUCCACCUUGUCAGAUUUCAGUGCGUGGUGA